GGAAAAUAAAAAAAUAGUUAUUUUUUUAAUAGGUUAGCAGACACGGCGAUAAAACUCCGGUUCAUUCGUAUUCUAAGCCUAUCAACGGUCUAGGGUUUGGAGCUUUCUUGCAAAAGAUUGUUUUCGGUGAGAGUAAUGUAACGAAACAAAUCAACAGUGGCUAUGAAGUCGGAAAAUUUAUUAGAAAACGGUACGACACUCUGUUAUCGGCCGAUUUUGAUCCCAGCGAGAUUUACGUGAGAUCGACGUUUUUCCCUAGGACCAUAAACAGUGCUCUCUAUGCGCUUUCCGGGAUAUAUUCAUUGAAGGAAGAGGAGUGGUUGAAGCCCAUGGAUUGGAUACCGUGCCCAUAUAAUACGGUUUUGCCUAAAUAUGAUUAUAACACAGCGUUCAUGAACUGUCCACGUUACUCUACAUUCAUGGGCACAAUCCUAUCCGGCAACCGGGAGCUGUCUCCAUUCCUGUCACUCUUCGAGAAGCUCUCGGGCUUACUAGGUUUCAACAUCACCAAGAACCCCAUGAGCCUUAUGGGGCUUUACAACCUUAUAGUGGCGCAGCGAGGCGUCGGACAUAAUUCAAUACUGUCUGAAAUACUUUCGCACCUCCCGCUGAUCAAAGAAGUGUGUGAUAAAAUCAUAAGUAUAGUGUUUGGAGACACGAGAUAUUUACCAUUGCAGUCAGGUGUCCUUCUCGAUGGUUUCUUGACAGCGGCAUCCCAGGUUCAGGCCGGUCAGAAGGUACCGAAAGUGUACCUGCAUUCAGCUCACGACUUCAACGUGUACUCUAUGAUGGCCGUGACGAAGGUGAACACAACUGGCAUGCCGAACUACGGAGCAUCCUACUCGUUGGAACUGAGGAGGGAAAGGAGCACUCAAAAGUAUUUCGUGUUGCCAGUCUUCAUGAACGGACCAGGGGAGCCCGAGAUCUAUCUGACGAGUGAGGGCUGUGACGGACCGCUCUGUGAGUGGGAGAAGUUCCAGAGCAUCAUUUCAUCGCACGCUCUCGACGUCACCAACUGGAGGAACAGCUGCGGCUGGAACGAGGACAUCGACGUAGACAAUUGUGCGGACUAUUAAAAUAAAUGAUUGUAAUAGGA